AUGAUCGAGGAGUACAAUGCAAAAAUAUUCGAGGUGACUGAGCAGAUCAACGAGCACAAGGCAUGCGCUCUGGCUGGAGGCAAUGAGCAGAUGGAAAUAUACGACAUAAACUCAUUGAUGUAUAUUUCGUUACGGAGCUACGUCCUCCUGACUGAGCAAAUUACGGAAACCACGAUGCCAGAAGCGAUCUACGGGUGGCUACAGCAACAGGUCUACACUGAAGACGUAAGUAGCUUCGUACAAAAUGCAAAAUACGCAAUUUGCACAAACUUCCUUGAAGGGCGACUACUGGAAGAAGCAAAGAAGUUUGCGUUGGAGAACGGUGGUGUAAGCAAAAAGGAGAACAAGCAGCCAAUCACAUUCAAAUACAAUGACAUGGAUUUGUACAAGAAGAUACUUGAGGACGGAGACUUCUUGUCGAAGCAGCUCAAGAAGAGUGCUCCUAAGGCGGAAGAGGAGAAGAAGGAGACGGAGGAUCCAUACGAUGCAUUGCUCUAUAAGACGCCUAAGACAUAUUUCACAGCUAGCGAGGCCAUGCAGCUCAAGUCACAGAAGAUAUUCAGCACAUACAGCAAAUUUAAUGACAUUUUUGGGCUGGGACAGAUAAAUUUGAGACCCCAGAAUAAAAUGGAAGAUAUGAAGGAGUUUCACAACCAUCAAAAGAAUAUGAUUAUGAGGGGAAUAUUGAAGCCAUUUUCAAAGCCAAGAGGAAAGCAGAUGGACAGCGACGACAAGAAAGACAGACCGUUCCAAUGCAAAGUACCAGGAUGCAACCGCGCAUUCAAGCGAUUUGAGCAUCUCAAACGACACAACAAGAUGCAUACGGGCGAGAAGCCGUUUGUCUGCAAAUAUCCCGGCUGCAGCAGGGGAUUCUCAAGAUCUGACAACUUGAACGCACACUACAAGACGCACAAUAUAUCAGCAGAGCAAAAGGAUCAGCUCACGACAAAGAACAAGCGAUCGUCAAACUUUAUCAAUUUUGACUCAUUCUAG